UAAGGAAAGUAGCUUAGACUUGUAACGAAGCGAGAAUACAAGAUUCAAAUGUGACUUAUUUUGUUGAGAAAUGGCAGACGUCCUUAAAAAUAAGGACGAGGUUGGGCAUGUUUUAGUUCAGGUGCAAGAUGAUUUGAGACAACUAAAAAAAAGUCUUGUUCGAAUGACUGUGCAUGAGAAUGGACAAAUGGUUGACAUUCAAGCUCUUGAUGCAGCCAUCAGCAGGACAGAAAAUGGAAUAAGGAGGCAUGCAGAAGAGUAUCUGAAAACCGUUAAUAAUCAGGGUUUGACUCUACCCUGUAUUGAAGAGCCUGGAAAGACUGCCACUGCCAAGCUUGUUAAAUGGCAGCCACGAUUUGAGACUAUACCAAAUAUGAGGCAACAGAAAAGCCAGAUUUCUGGAGCAUCCCUGGGGGGAAAGCACAAGUCAGCAUUUACCAUGCAUCUGCUGAAUAACCCAUUUCACCCAACGAACAUGGAGCUUGUGCACCAAAAUUAUGGGAUUCAGCUUCCUCUCCUGCACAAGAGAACUGGGGCCACUGUAGGGACUCAAAGAGUGGUCGCUGGCCCCACUGUGGGGAGUUUAGCUGUAGUACAAGGGGGCCUGCCUAAACACCUAUACCCCAAACCACCAUCAACUGAAGAGGAUACAAAUGCCGAUGUGUCAGAAAAGUCAUAUAAAUGGGAAAUUGAUCUGAGCAGAGAGGAUGGAAUGGCUAUUGGAUGGUCAACAACAGCGGGUCUAACAUCCAGGAGUAUAUGCACUCCCCCUCCAUCAGCUGCAUCCAUAAAUUCUGACAACAGAGUCCUGGCUCACGGGUUAGCUCGACUUUCUCCACUUAAACCACAGAAUGUUCCAUUGCCAACUGCUGUCAGCAAAUACCCUUUCAGCAUAGUUGAGGGUCAGAUUGACCCAGGUGCUCCAGACUAUUGUAGGUUUAAAAUGCAGUACUGUCUGUGCUGGGGUGCAAUUGUGGAGGCUCUGGACCAGCUGCAGCAGAUACUGUUGGACUUUGCGGUGCCAGUGGCACGGGUGUGUGGGGAGCGGCUGGCAGCUUGGGUACAGAGCGGUGAGCUUGACUGGAGAGGUGGCAGGGGCCGGUGCACUCAUGUGGAGAAGCUGAUCUCAAUGCUGGAGAACAAGGAUGAGGUAUGGGAGCUGAUGUGUCAACCUGGCCAGUGCUACAAAGGCAGCGGGGGACAUCAGGCAGCGGCUGUGCGCAUCCAGACCUGCUGGAGGCGUUACUCUGCCCGUGCUGCCUACCUGCUCAAACUCUGGCCCAAAUGGGCGGCACAAACCGUUGCCAUGUGGCUGCUGAAGCAUGCCAAACUGAACCAUUUGAGGAAGAGCCUGCAGGCCUCACGUCUCCGCCACCUGGAAAACUACCGCAUCAGGGCAGAGGGUCUGGCAGCAAACUGGAAACACAUCACCUCUGCCAAAAGAACAAUCAUCCAUGUCCCAUCAUUGGGCUAUUCCCAGCACCAGCGUCUCCGUCUCAGAGGAUUCGAUAUACUCCAGAAUACUCAGAUGUGCCGACUAUGUGACAUCAGAGAUGAGAACGUGGAGGUGAUCUAUGUGUCUCCAGUGAGCCUGGGGGAGGAUGUGCUCCAGUACUACACCAACCUGCUUGGCCUGCAAGCAGCCAUUGAGCUGGGAGAUGCUUCUGCUGCUCAGAACCAAUGUGCCAAACGCUUCACCAUCCUAAUGCCAGAAGCACUGGAGUUUUUUUCACGCCAAAACAUGUGUCUCGCUUCACUACUGAAGUACAGCCCACGAACACUAAAGAGAAUCAAGAAUUUGAUAAAGGGAAAGCUGGCCUACAUGAUCAGUGGUAUUACCCAUGUUGACGACCUGGCUGUGGCAGAUGAACUGGAAGUUCCUCUUCUGGGCACAGAGCCUGCCGUGGCUCAGCUAUAUGGCACAAAAUCUGGAGGAAAAAGGAUUUUCAGUAGUGCAGGAGUAAACAUGCCUCCGGGAAAGUGGGAUGUCUACACCCUGAAGCAGCUUCAUGAAGGUCUGGCCCAGUUGAUGACAGAACACAUGGAAGUACAGCGAUGGCUCUUCAAGAUAGAUGGAGAAAUAGGUGGACGGGGAACAGCCUACUGUGAUGUCUGUCAUCUAAGAUGCCAUCGCUGGGCACAGGAGGAGUUCAACCGCCACAGGCCCGGACUUUGGAGGAUGUCAUUGGCUCAAGUUAAUGCGCCGGUGAUGGUAAAGAUCUUAGAGGAGGUUCCUUAUCUUCUGGCCUCGUAUGCUCGGCCGGUCAACAUGUCCUGUUAUCCCACCUGGGCCAGCUUCCUGGAGAAUUUCCUCAGGGAAGGAGGAGUAAUAGAGGCAUAUCCUCCCUCAGACAGUGUGACAUGUCUGACAGUGGAUCUGUUGGUGGAGCCAGGAGGAGAAGUACGAAUGCUGUCCUGUGGAGAUCAGCUCCGUGGUCCCAGUAGCUUAGAAGUGGUGGGCUGCACCAUGCCCCAGACCUCCAUCUGUCCUGAUGUCCUCCACUCAAUCUGCACUCGUGUGGGCCAAGCCUGCCAGAAGCGCUCCAUCAUGGGCCACCUCUCUCUGGAUCUAGUCACCUUCCUGGAGCCCAGCAACCUGCAGCAGCAGGUAUGGGCUAUUGAUCUUGACCUGGGCUACAGUAACCAGCUGGCCAUGACCGAGCUGAUGCUCAUGAUGACAGGAGGAACACUGGACUGCCACACCAGUAAAUUGGAGGUUCCUCCUCCAGUCAAAGAGGUGAAGCCUUCUGUGCGCCAGGCGAGGUUAAAGAGCAAAGCUCAAACUUCAGUGACCAGUCGCUUUGCAGUGAUGGGCACCCGACUUACUCACACCAAUCUUUCUUUGGUAUAUUAUAGAACAUUUUUUCUGAUGUGCAAAGCACAGGGAAUAGGCUAUGAUGUCAAGGCAAGGAAAGGCACUGUGUUUGCCCUCCAUGACAGCAGAGAUAGAAGAAGUCUUGGCAUGCUAACAAUCUCGGAGCAUCUCCAGGGAGCUUUGCUGACCUUUGCUCGCAACCUGUCAGUUAUUCAUCAGGAAAUAUCAGGUCCAAAUAUGCAAGGAACAAAUAAUUUUAAGGAUCUGAUCAAGGACAUUGAGGAGGUCCUGGGCAUGACCAUACAAAACCAAACCAAAUCUCAAGAAGAAGAAAUAACUACAGCUGCAACAGAACAGUCUGAUACACCUCACAAAUUAACCCUGAAUGAGUCAAAGUACUUGUAGACUAUCACACAAUAGCACUUACACAUUCAUUAAUAAUUGCUGUCCCUAAAUAUUUCUAUAGAAUUCAGUUUUAACUGUAAUGUGCUUAACAUGACAUUAAAAUGAGACACUUAUAUAAAAACCUGUUUUCUUUUCUCCUGAGCAGAAUUGACCAUGAACUUUAAGUGAAACAAUAUUGCAAAGAGGAUAAUUAUUUCAGUUAAGUUACAUCUGCAUUUCAUGAUAUUUGCUCUAGCUCUUUGGUAGAGACUGGAACAGGUGACUGUUACUUAACUCUUCAUUUAUUCUAAAAAAAUCUAAUACAAACAAUCAAAGAGGUCAAAUUAGUAUAUUUCACUCUCAGAGACCCAUGCCUUGACAUUGAUGAUGUAUUUUCUUUUUUACUACUUGGAAGUGUUUUUAGGAAACCACAAAUUAAAAAAAACAUCUUGAUUUUUAAGCAUGUUUUGUGUGACUUCAGCAAGCUGUGAAAUUCAAUAUGCAUUUUUCCUCACCAAAACUGUUGUUGUAAUAUAGUUCAGACAGUCAGCUACUGUUAUGAGUAGAUUUUAAUACAGUUUUUUUAUUGCUUUAAACAAACAUUGCAAUUUUGCCACAUUGGGUCUAUGAGUGUUAAAACAUAUAUAUCACAUGCAUGUAUACAUAUAUUUAAUGGAUUCCAUUUAUGAAUGAAUGGAUGUUAAAUGUUAA